AAAAGAAAUCGGAUAAACAGGACGAAUCGACCCAAGCUCUCUUCAACUAUGUGACAGAACCAGUUGCUUCAACAUCUGAGACAUCUGAAACUUCUAAGAUUUCUGAACCAUCUGAGCCAGUAAUCGGUAAACCCGAACCUAUCGAACCUACACUCUGCCAAACGGGUACAAACAUGGCUACAGGUGCUUUCAUUUUUUUUGACAUGUGGGCAGAUAAGACGAUCUAUUAUUCCUUUACAGAAUUAUUUCAGAAGUUGAUUUGUGAAGGCUAUAAAUAUGUUAACAGGCUUUCCGAUUAUUUAGAAGACACCGGAACUAUGUGGAUUGAUGAAUUUGAAUUAGACCCAUUAUUCGACUUCUACUACCCAGCUCUAAUUCCACCUCUAUCUAUCUUAGCGAAUAGAUCAGAUAUUUGUAAGAAGUUUCCUAUUAGUGUGGAGUCUGUUGUUGAAAAUGGAAUAAGUUGUGGAAAGAAUGUGGAAAUAUUAAAUCAAGCUAAUCCCCUUGGUACUGUUUCCAAUUUGCCGUUAACUGAUCCCAAGGAGGCCUUCCAAUCAACUGGAAUUUCACCUUUAAUAGACGAAACAUUCGUACUAUCUUCACCACCUAUACAGAUGGAAGGGAUCAGGGUUAUGGCAACCCAACAAGUCAAAACUCCUUUAAAACCACUUGUAUAUUUAACUUGCAAGCAUAUUAUCCAUUACAACUGUAUCGAUAAUCCACAAAAAUUGUGUCCUAUAUGUCCAUCAACUGAUAUGGAACCGGAAGAAGAAGAAGAAAUGAGCGUUGAUAGUGAAGAACAACCUGAUACCAGCAGUAAAAACCGUUCCAAUGAAGAAGAUUCACCCAUUUUGAAAAAGCUUAUCAAGGAAUUGUCCGCUCCAAUUUCACAGCAAAGCUCUUCCGGUAGUAUUAUUUCUCUACAGACAUUCCCUGAUAUGGAUAUUAACUCGGUUAAUUUUCGUGAACUAGAUGAUAAGAUCAUCAAUGCUGAAGAUGGUAAUAAAAAAACUAUUCUAGAA